AUGGCGAAAAUCGAUUUACGAUUGCUGGCAAUGUCGAUGCUUCUUGCGAUGACGUCAAUAUUUCAGAUGGGUUAUACAAACGCGUAUCCAAAUACGGCGAUCGGCACGUUUCGGAAAUUUCUCAAUUCUUCGCAUAGCACCGAAAACGAUAUGAGCAAUGCGGAGUUUGAAUGGAUUUGGUCGGCUUUAUUAGCGGUUUACUUUGUUGGAUUCGCUUCCGGAAGUGUGUUAUCUGCUGGAAUCGCGGACCGAAUUGGAAGGAAAUGGACUUUGUUCUUGGGCAACAUUGGUGGAUUGUUAUCGACUGUGAUCGCAUUGAUGGGUGUUAUACACAGCUCAAUAAUAUGUUUUGGCAUCUCCCGAUUGAUAAUGUCUUCUUCCGCGGCAAUUUCGAUGAACGGAAUGAUUUUAUUGUUUCAGGAAAGCGCCCCGAAUCAUAUGAAAGGACUCGUAUCGUUUAAUGCAGAAAUGGCAUUUGUCGCUACGAACUUAAUUGGCGGAAUUUGUGGUAUGAAAGCUGUAUUGGGGACGAAUCUUGUGAAGCUUAUCAGUGUAUCAAUGAUUCCUUCAACCCUGGCAGCGGUUCUCUCAUUCUUUUUGCGGGAAUCUCCAAAGUACCUAUAUAUAAGAAAGAACGAUGGUGAAGACGCGGGAAAGUCGUUGAAGUUUUAUCAGAACAUUCGAGAUGAAGAUAUACGAAAUAAAGCUCUCAAUGAAUUGGAAUUAGAACGAAUCGAAUUGCGAACGAGGCACAAUGAAACGAUCUUCGACAUUAUUUCCGUUCAACAUUAUCGUCGAGGAUUCCUGUUGGGAUUCUGCACAAUGCAACUAACCAUCUCGGUUUGGCCUGUCCUUUUUUACUCAACAGACUUCCUCUUGGAUGUGAAAUUUUCCUAUGAUGUUGCUGAAGGCGUUUCAAGUUUAAUGCUCUUCCUAAGUACAUUGUCAACUAUCGCUGGAAUGGUGGUUGUCGAGAGAUUUUCUAGGAAAUGGCUUUUGAUUAUCUGCGCCAUCGUCAACGUUUGUGCGUUGUCAAUGUUUUCCCUUAGCGCAAUUGGAUCUGUCUAUUACCCCGAAGUAAGCAUUGGAUGCAUAUUGGCACUAAUUCUUCACGGAAUUUCAUACAGUAUCGCGUUGAGACCAAUUGCCUGGUUCAUCACUUCCGAGUUGGUUCCAAUAAGUUGCCGCGCCGCUGCCCAAUGCCUGGUUCUUGCAACAAAUCAUUUCGUUGCAUUGAUUGUGACUUUCCUCACCUUCCCAUUGUAUAAACUGAUAGGGCCAAGUGUUAUUAUUCUAUUCUUCGUUCUACCUGGAGCAAUAUGCAUUUUGCUUUUGAUUAUUUAUCUACCGGAAACCAAAGAUCGCCAUAUCAAUGAUGUUGUUGACGAAUUGAAGCAUUCCAAUAUUCCAAUCAAACCAGAUGAAAACUGCGAAAUGACGCCUACUGAGUUGUGA